AUGGGGCGGGGGUGCUUCUGCGGGUGCAGCAACGCGGUGGUGGGGGUGCUGAACGCGGGGAUUAUGGCGAUCUCCUUGAUGGUGCUGGGCUUGUGGGCGUGGAAGGCCGGCGGCGAUCUCUCCACCGUCUGCGACCAGUUCCUCCAGGCGCCGCUGCUCCUGCUGGGGGCCUCGCUCUUCGCCGUCUCCCUCCUCGGCAUCAUCGGUGCCUGCUGCCGCGCCUCCUGCAUCUUGUGGCUCUACCUCGCCGUCACCUUCUUUCUCAUCCUCGCCGUCUCCUGCUUCACCGCCCUCGCCUUCGUCGUCACCAACAAGGGCGCCGCCGCCGCUGUCUCCGGCCACGGCGUCGGCGAGUUCCGCCUCGGCGACUACUCCGGGUGGCUGCGGCGGAUGGUGACCCACGCCGGCCACUGGGAGAAGAUCGAGAGCUGCCUCAAGGACGCCAAGGUCUGCGGCGGCCCUCUCCACGCCCUCCCCUUGGACCCCUCCGCCUUCUACAAGACCACUCUCUCUCCUACCCAGGUCAGUCUUUCUCUUUCUUCUCCUCAUCCUCCUACUUCUCCUCGAUUCUCCGAUCAUGACCGGUGGGAGCUCCCCCCCUGCUGGUAUGUGUGCAGUCCGGGUGCUGCAACCCGCCGGCGGGGUGCCAUCGCAAGGGCCGGCAAUUCCCCGUCCUCUCCGACGACGGCGACUGCGAGCGGUGGCGCAAUGAGCCCGAGAGGCUCUGUUUCGGGUGCAAUUCCUGCAAGGCCGGCGUCCUCGCGAACCUCCAGGCGGAGUGGAAGUUCCUCGCCAUCUUCAACCUUGGCCUGCUCGCCCUGCUCGUACUCGUCUACUCCGUCGGCUGCUGCGCCGUCCGCAGCGGCCGGCGCGACAGCUACAAGCGCUACUGGAGAAGCCAACGGCCGACGUGA